CCGGCCAAGUAGGAGGCAUGCAGUGAGCUCCACCCCUUCCCUAUUUAAACCCACAAUGUCACCAAAAGGCGCUCAGUUUCACACCGUGGGGGCACAUGGACACAUUUUCAUUCAUGAGCAAACGACACAGCACUUGAAGGCAACUUACAGCAAAGGCCCGGAUAUUUUUUUGGUGCAUCUUGUUUUUCUAUUUUUGGGAUUUAACACUAUACUGUAGCGGUGGGGCCAGGGGCCAACCUUGACCCAGAGAUGCGGUCUCUUAUCCCGCUCACUGUCUAUUGCAUCAGCCUGGUCUGCUUCCAGCAGCUGCUGGCAGAGGACAGCUGGGACCAUCUCAACAAGCUGACUGACCUGAAAGAGAACCCUUUGCCCUCCGAGGGCCAAACAAACACCCCCACCCUAUCUUCAGAGCUCACUCCAACCCCAAAGUGGAACCACCUUCCGGCAUCUAGCCUAAGGAGAACCAACCCCAGCCUGGCGUGGGCGCGACCUGACGGGCGUUUGGAGGUUAGGUGGAGGAAGGGGUCCAGGGCUCGUCGCCACACCCACCUGGGUUUCCGGGGUGCACACCACUACCCCCAUCAUGCCCAGCUGAUGAGAGUCGGUUGUGUCCUUGGAACCUGCCAAGUACAGAACCUGAGCCACAGGCUUUAUCAGCUUAUCGGCCAAAGUGGCAGAGAAGACUCGUCCCCGAUUAACCCAAGGAGUCCGCAUAGUUACGGAUGAGUGAACCUCACCAGGAAAAAAUCCAUCUACAUUUUUGGUUAUUUAUCUCUUAAUGUAUUAGUCUGGUGGAUGUACAGUAUCCCAUAGUGACAAUUACAGUAUACUUCGCAUAAAUGACUGUUGUGCUUCUUUGCUAUAUGUGCAAACUAUUUUAGGAUAAAUUAUAUUUAGGACCAGUUUGAGUUAAGCCCGCCGCCCCCCAAUCUGAGAAUGUUUGCCUUUUGGGGGACGGACAAAGUCAAGCACCUUAGUUGGGACAGGAGGCUAACCGUGUUAAUGUAAGAAUGAAGACUUGUCUACAACACUGACCGUGCCACUGGUUGUUAUCCUGUGCCUUGCUGAUCGCAAACUAGUUCCAGACUCAUGUCAGACCAAACUUUCCUUGUUUACUGUCUAGCAAUACACUCGUCCUUUGCAGAAACUGGGUCACUUCAUAGCGUCUGUGGAGAAAAUUAUUCAAAUUUAAGUGGGAACUUGUCAUAUUUUGCUGCAAAAUGUUAUUUUCACCAUUACAUCAGACACAUUUUUUUUAAGUCAACGAUCACCAAUUUUUUUUUUAUUUAAGUGUAGCAAAAUCCUGUUUUUUUUCUUACAAAUAUGUCAUCCAUGAAGUGGUGGGCACUUAUUCACAUAUUGUUACAGUAACAGUCAAUGACAUCCCACUCCAAUCCCCCAGAUGGCAGUAAUGUGCAUUACAAAGCACAUGAACGGAACAGAGCACACCAGUUAAAUAUAGUGCUAAAACAAAUAGUAAACGCUAUAAAUACAUUUAAAUACUUUUAAAUUCAAACAUGAUCACGCUAAAUGAGUUUUCGCAGAGUUGUAAUCAUUAAUUGUACAUUAAUUAUUUUCAUUGGUAGAACAUAAAAAAUAUUUUUAUGACCUUCUAAAUAGGCUUAAGAGCCAUCUAGACCUGAAAUAACACCCUUCAGUCACCCUUGUACGUUUUUAAUCAUAUUUUGUGAUACUGAAUGAGGCUGAGCCACUCAGGGGCCACAAUACUGAACCACAUACUCUGAUUGGUUUGGUCUCCUUUAGUAGCCAAUACUGCUGUAAAACAUACUUGCCAACCUUGAGACCUCCAAUUUCGGAAGGUGGGGGGC